AAAGUUUCAAACUCAAACCCAACAGUAACCGACGCAUAUACAGACGCUGCGAAAUGGGUAUCGAGUAACCUCCAAUGCGAAAACAACACAUUCUUCAAUAUUCAAUGGCUUGUCAAUCGCGCUGUCACCAGCGAGACUCGCAAUAUUGGUCCAAGGCUCCUAGUUUCAUUUUGAGGCUAUGCACUGGCUUGCUGCUCAAAGUGCAAUUCGAGAGUCUGGCCUCAUGCCUGGACUAUUGUGAAUGUCAUUGUGUAUGAAGACCAUUCACGGAUGGCGGUGGUCUAGCUCACGACGAAUAGCCGAGACCACCACACGCAAGAUGUCCUUGAUGUUAAUAAUCAAACUGUAUGGUUACAGGAGUUCAGUAGAACAUGGAAUAAGUUCUUUCUGUUCUUUUGGGCUGAUGGCUUUUGUUCUACGUUCCUAAUUCAUGUGUCAAAUGAAUCAGACGACGCGUUCCCCUUUGUAGUCAUGCCACUCGUCAUGCCCAUAAACAUAUAAAAUGGACUUGUACUUGACUCUCAACAUUCCACUUCCUAUCACAGCCACCUCUCGAUCUUUUAUACAAUACGGUUCUGCACAGCUCAUGGAUCGACUACUUCUAGUAUACGUACUUGACGAGAAAUGGCUCGCCGACCGCGCCGAGUAUCUCAACCUCGCAGUAAUCACAGACCCAUGGACCCGUUUCGAGGCUAUACAAGCAGCAGCUAACAACGUCCUCUUACAAACCGGUCUUGGUCGCCGUGUUCGGCUGAAAGUUGUCAUUUUCCAGGGCCAACCAAGGAUGGCUGUGGGUCUCGCCAGCAGUGUACCCAAUGACAGAUGGCCGAUGCCUCCCCAACACGUUAUAGACUCGGUCAAAUGUGUGCUAGGUGUCCAUUAUGAGCCUAUGUGGUUGCCAGAGUCUAUCUAGCUGAUAUCGAGAGUACACCUUACGACACGCAUUCGGACCACGCGUGAAAAGAAUGUCCUAUAGUUUGGGUAUAUUCGAUUGUGAUAGAUAUGUUUCAGUACAAGAGUUACGGGGCACCACUUGAACGAGUUCCUAGUC